AUGACCUCCAUGCUUUUCUUCCCUGGGGCGAGUCAAGUGGUCGUGACUGAAAUUCAGGUCCCUGUUUGGUGUAUAAAUAUGGGUAAAUAUCACAGACAACAUACAAUAAAGCUGGUCACUGUGUUCCUGCUGGUGACCAUCAGCAUUUGCAGUUACUCUGCUACCGCCUUCCUCAUCAACAGUUUGCCACUUCCUGUCAAGAAGGCUUUACCUUUACCUCUGGACAAUGUUCUCCCAGUCAUGGACCCACUUAAGCUUCUUCUGAAAACUCUGGGCAUUUCUGUUGAGCACCUUGUGGAAGGGCUAAGGAAGUGUGUGAGUGAGCUGGGACCAGAUACCUCUGAGGCCGUGAAGAAACUGCUGGAGGCACUCUCAUAUUUGGUGUGA